AACACAAUUACACGCUCAAAUCAGGGUUCUAAAAGACAAUUCCAACUCCACACUCCUUCCUCGUUUCUCUCGUUUUUCUCUCAAUCGGUAUACAAUCCAAACGCAGUGUGAGUUUAUUCUCUCGAUCGCGUAGAUUUGCAGAAUCCCUCUCUCUCUCUCUCCGAUUCGCCGAUCGUUCGGUCAGUCACCUCCAUCGAUGUCUCUCGCGAAGUCUCCACCAUCACAAACUGCUACCACAGUCAAUGACUGUACAACAACGCGGUUCACAUGGAAAAUUGAAAAUUUUUCAAGGUUGAAUACUAAGAAGCACUACUCCGAAAUUUUCACUAUUGAAGGAUACAAAUGGCGAGUACUUGUGUUCCCAAAGGGGAACAACGUCGAGCAUUUGUCGAUCUAUCUGGAUGUUGCGGAUUCGAAAUCGUUGCCCCAUCAAUGGAGUAAAUUCGCCCAAUUCAGCAUAGGUGUGAUCAAUCAAAUCCAUGACAAGUCUACUAUCUGGAAAUACACACAACACCACUUCAAUGAAAGAGAAAUUGAUUGGGGUUUCACUUCUUUCAUGCCUCUUAGCGAACUACAUGAUUCUUGUAAAGGUUACUUGGUAAAUGAUACUGUUAUAGUUGAAGCUGAUGUUUCCGUCCGCUGCUCACAAGACUCGAAAAAGGAGACUGGUUCAGUGGGACUUAAAAACCACAAAGCUGAGCAGGAGGGCCACAAGGAGUCAUCUCAGCCUCCAUCACAGGAGAAUAACUCAAAAAAUGUGGUAGACAAUGCUCCUCCCGGCAAAAUCAGAUUUUUGUCAUACUGGGUCUCUCCCGAGGCAUCCUUGGUACUUGAAAGGAUUCACAACCGUUACAAGGGCACGUUUGCCAAAUUCUCCAUGACUAGUGUUCUUGUACAAACAGUGUUUCUUGAAUCAUUUGCUUCAUUCAUUGAGUCGAUGUCAACUACUAGGAUCUGUGAGGUGAAUAAGGAAGCACUGUGUGUGGCUGUCAAGGACUUUGAGCAUGUCGGGCUGGACUUGUCCUGGCUGAAGCAGAGACUGGACCAAGCGAAGAUGGUGAACAAACGCUCGGAGUUGCUUGCCUCUAUUGAUUCCUAUGAAAAAACUAUUGAACAUACUCGAGCUAAGCUUCGUGAGCUCAAAGAAGGGCUUGCCAAGGCUAAGGCAGAAGUGGAGGUUUCAGUGAGAGACUUGCCCAAAUCACUUGGAGUAAACGAUUCUUUUUUUGAGGGUCUUUUGUCAUUUCCCAAAUCUUAAAUCCAAACAGAGUCUAAGGAUAGUAUAAUGCUUGAUACAAUGUGUGUUUAUAUUUGGGCAAUAGUUGUGGCCUUAUUUUGUUUUCUUGCUUGGAGGGUGUAUUGUGUGAAAUCCAAACAUAGCCUUAGGAUAGUACAGUGCUUGAUUCAAUGUCUGAUCUGAUUAUACUUUCUUAGGAAUAAAGCUUAAGACCCCCCAGUGGGGAUACUGGGGGGUCACUCCUGAUUGGCCAAAAAAAA